CCUCACGUGACCAGGAGUCGACGUGUGCAGAAGUCCUUAUAGUCCAGGGCCUGUUUCCCUGUAGCAGCUCCCUAUUGCUGGAGGAGAAAAGUGCCCCGGAUCCUUUGAGGUCAGUAUAAAGGACUCUUGGUCUUUUGGGAGCGAUCCAAAUCGAGUGAGGGAAGAGGGAGGAAAAUCCCCUGGAUCCUUGCAGGGUUAAUUUAUUCAAAAAGGAAAUAAGAGAAAAAUACUCAACAUGCAAAAGUCUUGUGAAGAAAAUGAAGGAAAAGCACAGAACAUGCCAAAGGCUGAGGAAGACCGCCCUAUGGAAGCUGUACCACAGGAGGCAGAAAGAAAUCCUCAACCUUCUGAAGAAGGUGUAAGCCAGGAAGCAGAAGGAAACCUUAGAGGAGGGCUGACUCAGCGUGGUCAGGGAUAUAAAGAGGACACUCCGGUUAGGCAUUUGGACCCAGAAGAAAUGAUAAGAGGAGUAGAUGAGUUGGAAAGGCUUAGGGAAGAGAUAAGAAGAGUAAGAAACAAGUUUGUGAUGAUGCAUUGGAAACAAAGACAUUCACGCAGCCGUCCUUAUCCUGUGUGCUUUAGGCCUUGAAUUCUUUUUUUUUUUUGGUCUGAUAUUAAAAUCUGGCCCCUGCUUUCUUUCUGUUAGCAUUUUCUGAUGUAUCUUUGACUUUUGUUUUAUUUUUAAUCAUCUGGUGGAGUUUUGUUUUAGGUAGUGUCAAUAUUACCAGCAUCUGGAUUUUGUAUUUUGACACAUUCUCCAGGUCUGUUUUUCAAUUGGGAAGUUUCACACAUAAUGCAUGAAAAUAUGUUCAUUCCAUAUUGUAAAGUAAGACAUAACAGGUUACAAAGCAGCAUAUUUAGUAUCAGCUCACAUAUGUAGGAUAAAAUCUCAAAUUGUGUGUGUGUGUGUGUGCGUGUGUAUACAUACAUAUAUCAUAAAUUUAACUGUGCUUAUUUCUGUAUGGUGUGACUUUUUUCUUUUUGCUUAUAUGUAUUUUUAAUGAACAUGUCACACAUACAAAAAGAAUUAAAGUUUUUUUUAUAAUUAAGAGUCAAUCAAAUAAUUUGCAACCAGCUUAUAAGGGCAAUGGGGGCACCUAAAUUCUUGAUGAAAGAACUAUUAAUAAAAAUGUAAACCUCAAAUUACCUCUGGAUCUCUUAGCCAGAGGAAUAAAACUGGCAGUUAUUACAUAUA